AUGGAUUAAGAAAUUGUGGAUUAACUAACUCUAGAUUCUAUUCCUUACUACGAAGAAUAACUGUAUGGGGCUUUAUAAGUGAUAAUUGACUUAUAAUAGAAAGUGGAAUAACAUGAAAUGAUUUUAGAUGAUGUAUGUAUAAUAUUUUAUAAAAUAAGGAAAAUUCCAACGAAAACUUGGCAGAAGAUGUGGAAGGUGAUUUUCAAGAAAUAAUUUCAACUAUCUAACAAUAGUAAUUAAAGGAAUUGCAAGAUAUAGAUGAAAUAAGUUAAAAAUAGCAGGAGGAUUUUGAUUAAUUAUUUAAAGUAUGAUGUAUAUUUCUAUUAGUAACUACAUGAGUUGGAAUAAUUGACUACAUAAUACUAAUAAGAAAAUAACUCAGAUGAAUAAUAAAUAAAAAUGACACAAAAAUUGAUUUAUGAAAGACAGCAAUAACUAAAAGAACUAAGUGAAUAAUUUAUGAUGUAAGACAUUCAUAAUAAAGAAAAUCAAAAUAUCAUAUAAAACUUCUAAUAAAAACUGUAAUUGAAUGCUAUCACCAUACCUUAAGAUGGUUCUAAAGAAGAGAAAAGAGAAAUUACUUAAUUUGUCGAACUUCAACGUUAAGAAUCAGAAGAAGAUGUAGAUUACAUCCAAUAUCUUCAAUUAACCGAUUACAAGUAAAAACUUGAGGAAGAGUUGGAAUAAAUUGCAAAAUAACCAAUAGUAGAGAAAGAAAAGAUUGAUGCAUCUACAUAAACUUGUUAAUAAGACUUUCCAAUUAAACAUAAAAAUUAUGAUGAAUUUGCUUAUUCUAGCAGUUGUGUGUAACCAACUUUUUCUUUGGAAAACACCCCAAAAACAAGCCAAAUACUAUUGCAUUCCCUAUUAAAAGAGGAAAAAUAAAAAAAUAGAGGUUGCUGUUCAGAUUGCAGAAUUUACUGAAAAUUAAAUAAUUUU